AUGGGGCGGAGAUGCUGGCAGAAUGGAUGGAAAGAUGGUUCCCAGGCGAUCUUCAUGGAAUCAGCCAAAUCCUGCCAGCUGUCCCCAUCUACGUUCUCAUCAAAUCUUGUUCAAGUCAGUCCUAGUGUGCCGGUGGCUUGGGGAUUGAUGAUCGAAUACAGACAACUGGGUGAUAUUGGUCCGUAUUUGUCUAAGCCGGUUGUUGGACAGCAUGAACAAGAACGCAUUCCUGAGAUACCCGACUGCGACUACGAGCUUCGAAGUGACGAGGACGACAAGAAGAAGAUGAAGGAGAGUGGUACUUCGACAUCCAAGUUCUCAACCAUCUUUGCGGGUACUUUAUGA